AUGGCGGCGACCCUACCUUAUGAGCUUCUGGCACAAAUUGUAGCUUAUCUGCAGGAUACCGGCAUUGUCAUAUCUCUAUGUACCACUGUCUACCGUCAGUGGCAGGUUGCUUUCGAGCCCCUCAUCUACUCCAAGCUGAAUGUCUACAGCGCCGAUUGA